CAAAAGGAAGAAGCAACUGUGAUCUUGCUGGUGUUUCUGUACUGUCAGGCCUGCACAUCUGAGCAAACCAAAGAGGGCUCCUCUCCAGUGAUCGGGCCACCAGCUUAAUCCUACCCAAGUGUACGGCAAGGCCAACGAGGUCGUUUGUUCGGAGUUCGUGUUUUCCCUUUCCCACCUCUUGAAGAGGAACAAAGCUGAUCAAAGUGUUCAAGCUGUCUUACGAGCCAUGAAGACGCUCUUAAAAUUCUUCAGGAGGCUGCCGUCACCUUGCUUUUUCCUCCACCACCAAGCCAAGAGAUGCAUUACCUUUCCAAUUACCUCAUACUAUGAAGCUAUAAACCGGGGUGAACAGGAAGUGCCUGAAUAUUUCAAUUUUGCAAGCGAUGUUCUGGACAAGUGGACUCAAAUGGAAAAGGAUGGAGAGAAGCCUCGGAACGCAGCCUUCUGGUGGGUCAGCGAUCAGAAGGACGAGGCGAAGUGGAGCUUUGAGGAGCUGGGAGUCUUGUCCAGGAAAACGGCCAAUCUACUGAGCGGCCCGUGUGGCUUGCAGAGAGGAGACAGAAUCAUCACGGCUUUACCUCGGAUUCCAGAGUGGUGGUUGCUGAAUGUGGCUUGCAUGCGCACAGGCAUUGUUCUCAUUCCAGGGACAUCCCAACUGACUGCUAAGGACCUUUCCUACAGGCUCCGGGCUUCUAAGGCCAAAUGCAUAGUGGUCACCGACUCACUGGCUCCUUCAGUGGACUCUGUCACGUCCGAAUGCCCCUUUCUGGAAACCAAACUUCUUGUGUCUGAAGGCAGCAGAGAGGGAUGGCUGAACUUCAAGGACUUGCUCCUAGCUGCACCUGCUGAGCACGACUGCGUUAAAACCAAGAGCGGAGAACCCAUGCUCAUCUACUUCACGAGCGGAAGCACAGGAGCUCCCAAAAUGGUUGAGCAUUCGCACAGCAGCUACGGCAUCGGAUUUGCAGCCAGUGGCAGGGACUUGAUGAAUCUGACCCCUUCGGACGUGUUCUGGAACACAUCUGACACAGGAUGGGUCAAGUCCGCCUGGAGCAGUGUGUUCGCACCCUGGAUUAACGGAUCGUGCGUCUUUGUGCAUCAUUUGCCACAAUUUGAACCCGCUGUCAUACUGAACACCCUGUCAAGGUAUCCGGUCACCGCUUUCUGCACCGCUCCGACUGCGUACCGUAUGCUGGUGCAGCACGAUAAUAACAGCUACAGAUUCAAGAGCCUGCAGCACUGUGUGACUGGAGGAGAACCUCUCAACCCUGAAGUGCAGGAACGCUGGAAAGCCAAGACAGGGCUGGAUAUCUACGAAGCCUAUGGUCAGACAGAAACGGUAACGAUAUGCGCUAACGUCAAGGGGAUGAAAAUUAAACCGGGCUCAAUGGGCAAGGCAUCUCCGCCAUAUAAUGUUCAGAUUGUUGAUGACCAGGGCAACAUCCGGCCCCCGGGAGAAGAAGGGGAUAUUGCCAUCCAAGUCCAUCCCAAGAGGCCGUUUUGUUUCUUUUCACAGUAUUUGGAUAACCCUGAGAAAACAGCAGCCAGCCAGCGGGGAAACUUUUACAUCACUGGCGACAGAGGCAUCAUGGAUGAAGAAGGCUACUUCUGGUUUGUCGGAAGAUCGGACGACGUCAUCAAUUCUGUGGAGUUUGUCCAAGAGCUGCCCAAAACAGUUGCUGGGAAAAUCCAAAGGAACAUAUUAAGGAUCCAGGAAUGGAAAAAAGCCUAGCUUCAGCCGCAUGUUUACCUACGAAGAACCUCCCAUUCUCCUUAAUCUUCCUGUGUCCUUGGUUGCGAUGGAGCUUUCCCAGGCUUUGGUUCUGAUAUCUCAAACAAAGAGGUCCCGUGAAACUAUGGGACCAGACAGGUGAUACCCUCCUCACCCCAAAGUUUCUGCACACAGUUUGCAACUGAGGCCGACCUCCCACACGGUGCCAGGCUCCUUGACACACUGACGUCUCACCAGAUCAGUCAAUGUAAAGUAUGCCCUUCAAGGACGAUGUGCCGUCUUAGGAGAGCAAGAAACAAAAAAGGAAAUACGAGCAGGGAUCUAUUACUUGCUUACCUGACCUGCUUAGCAGACGGGGACAGGAUGGCUCCCGGGAACACAUUAUGGGGGAUGGCACUACUCACAAUUUGUGG